UGCCGGGGGUGGGUGAUGCCCCGUGCGGCCCCCUCCCAAGUUCCAGGCCCUGCUGCCUGGUCCCUGCUGACCAUGAACAAGAUGAAGAACUUUAAGCGUCGUCUUUCCUUAUCCGUGCCCCGCACAGAGACCAUCGAGGAGUCCUUGACCGAGUUCACAGAGCAGUUCAACCAGCUCCACAACCGGCGCAAUGAGGACCUGCAGCUCAGUCCUCUCGGCAGAGACCCCCAGCCGGCGUCCAGCACCUUCUCCCCGACAGACAGCGGGGAGGACCCUGGGCAGCUGUCCCCGGGCAUGCAGUACCGGCGGCAGAAUCAGCGCCGCUUCUCCAUGGAGGACAUCAGUAAGAGGCUCUCUCUGCCCAUGGACAUCCGCCUGCCCCAGGAAUUCCUGCAGAAGCUACAGCUGGAGAGUCCAGACCUGCCCAAACCGCUCAGCCGCAUGUCCCGCCGAGCAUCCCUGUCCGAUAUCGGCUUUGGGAAACUGGAAACAUACGUGAAACUGGACAAACUGGGGGAGGGUACCUAUGCCACAGUCUUCAAGGGGCGCAGCAAACUGACAGAGAACCUCGUGGCCCUGAAGGAGAUCCGGCUGGAGCAUGAGGAGGGGGCGCCUUGCACCGCCAUCCGAGAGGUGUCUCUUCUGAAGAAUCUAAAGCAUGCCAAUAUUGUGACGCUGCAUGACCUCAUCCACACGGAGCGGUCUCUCACCCUGGUGUUUGAGUACCUGGACAGUGACCUGAAGCAGUAUCUGGACCACUGUGGAAACCUCAUGAGCAUGCACAAUGUCAAGAUUUUCAUGUUCCAGCUGCUCCGGGGCCUCGCCUACUGCCACCGCCGCAAGAUCCUGCACCGGGACCUGAAACCGCAGAACCUGCUCAUUAGCGAGAGGGGGGAGCUGAAGCUGGCUGACUUCGGCCUGGCGCGGGCCAAGUCGGUGCCCACGAAGACCUACUCCAAUGAGGUGGUGACCCUGUGGUACAGGCCCCCCGAUGUGCUGUUGGGGUCCACAGAGUACUCCACCCCCAUCGAUAUGUGGGGCGUGGGCUGCAUCCACUACGAGAUGGCCACGGGGAGGCCCCUCUUCCCCGGCUCCACCGUCAAGGAGGAACUACACCUCAUCUUCCGACUCCUCGGGACCCCUACGGAAGAGACGUGGCCCGGUGUGCUGGCCCUGUCGGAGUUCAGAGCCUACAACUUCCCACGAUACCUCCCCCAGCCGCUCAUCAGUCACGCUCCCAGGUUGGACACCGAAGGCAUCCACCUCCUGACCAGCCUCCUCCUGUAUGAAUCCAAGAGUCGCAUGUCAGCAGAGGCUGCCCUGAGCCACCCCUACUUCCGGUCUCUGGGGGAGCGCGUACACCAGCUCGAAGAUAGAGAUUCAGCUCCAGAAGGACCCGGGCUACCGGGGCCUGGCCUUUCAGCAGCCAGGACGAGGGAAGAGCCGGAGGCAGAGCAUCUUCUGAGCCGUGACCCCCCUGCUGCGGCCCGAGAGACGAGAGGUCACAGUGAGCACAACCACAGGCAGGACGGGGCCUGCGUGGCCCCAGCAGGACUGAGGAGCAAGGGCUGAUGGCUGGCCCAGAAGACCUCUGGCCACGGCUGUUUCCUCUUCCUGCUUCCCACACGCCUCCCCUGCAGCCUUCACCUACACACCACACCGUCUGUCACCGGCCCUGGAGCCGGAGGGGGAGCCGCUGUCCUAGGAGGAGACGAGGGGGUGGGGAGGGACCUCAGACCCUGUCCCACCCUGAAGUGCUCGGGCACCAGCGUGGGACCCACAGAGGCGGGAGACUCCAGGGGCCAGACUGAGCACCGUGCCCAGGACAUGGGCAGCAUCGUGUCCCCCCCCCCCACCCCUGCCCACACUUCACUCACCCUCUUCCCCUCUGAGAGCAGGAAGCGGCACGGCACCUCGUCUAGGACCCUGGAGUCCUGCGUGCCAAUGUGUGUGCCAAAGCCCACCCCCCCCCACUCGAAGGGAGGGUGUCCCUGGAGCAACAGAGAGAAUAGCAGCCCACCCCCCUUCUCCACACCCUCAUCAUGUUCCCAUCCCCUCUCCUGGCCAGAGGCCCCAUAUGCUGCUGGAGUCCAGCUGAGUCCAGAGGUGGCCUGGUACCACCAGCUUCACUCUGUCACCUCAGCUGGCUCCCACCCCUCUUCCUGGUCUGAACGGGAUUGCCUUAAAUUGGCAGGUGGUAGAGCACUCACUGCCCUUGGAGCUCUGACCCAAGCUCCUGCCUGUCCACCCUUUCCCGAGAGCGGUUCCUGCUUAUCGAGCCCGGGCGCUGAUCAGCCGGCCCUGGGCCAGGGUCCUGGAGGUGACACGCAGAUAUGCAAGGUCACCCUGACACUGGUGCCAGGCCGGCCUCGGCUCCUUGGGGCUAGCACAGCCCCUGGCCCCCCCCCCCCCCCCCCCCCGG